AUGUUCGAAGCCAAACUUGCUGAAGGAAUUAUAUUCAAGAAGAUUGUAGAAGCUAUUAAGGAACUUGUGAGUGAUGUCAAUAUUGACAUUAGCCCAACAGGAAUCUCCCUACAAGCUAUGGACAACUCCCAUGUUGCAUUGGUAUCCCUCCAGCUUUCUAUGGAUGGAUUUGAAAGCUUCAGAUCCGACAAACCAAUGACUUUAGGAAUUAAUAUUGGAAAUUUGUUCAAGAUCAUGAAAUUGGGAGACAGUGAUGAUUCAAUGACCUUGAAAGCAGAAGAAGAUCCAUCCCACUUGACCAUCAUCUUCGAGAACGAGAAGAAAGGAAGGUUUGCCGAAUUCAACAUCAAUUUGAUCAAUAUCGACACUGAACACUUGAGCGUAAGUGAUAAUGAAGGAGGAUCCCAACUCUCAAUGGCCUCAGGAGAAUUCUCCAAGAUCAUGAAGGAACUUUAUCAAAUCUCAGAGACAGUCAACAUUGAGACCUCCCCAGAUCUCAUCCAGUUCUCAGUAGAAGGAGAUUGUGGAUCAGGAAGUGUCAAGAUUGGGCCAACAGACGGAGAGACUAGAGAAGAGCAAGUUGCUAUUAAGAGUGAUGAACAAGUAAACCUCUCCUUCGCUCUUAGAUAUUUGACCAUGUUCACUAAGGCCAGCGGAUUAAGCUCCAUGGUUAACGUAAGCCUCUCCACAGAAGCACCACUUGUUGUCAAAUACGAGAUUCAGAACUUGGGAUCCUUGCAGUAUUACCUGGCACCAAAGAUCUCAGAUGAAGAGUAGAUAAACUAGCAUUCUCAAAUAUUCAAUUUUACAGUUCAAAAU